CGGGAGGGGCGGGGCCACGGCGGGCGCGGCGACUUCCGGCAAUAAGCCGCGUCUCAGGUGGGCCGCGCGUCCCGGCCAGGCAUGCUCUCUGGCUUCUAUCUGAAUGUCUAUGAAAAUAGAAAAUCAGACGCCUAUUGUGUGAUGACAUCCUUAGUUCUUUGAGCGAACUGCGUAGGAGUGUUGUAUUUUCGGAUCACAUCCAGUGUCACUCCAGGCUGCUCCAGACUCUGCUCAGUGGCUCCCUCCUAGAGUGCUCCAGGGAUCCUACCGUGCUGGGAUUGGUGUCCACUUGACCUGUUGAACUAUAUCUCGCCCCACCUAUACUAAUUUUGGUGAACAAUGCCAUUUUUGGGUCAGGACUGGAGAUCUCCUGGAUGGAGUUGGAUUAAAACAGAAGAUGGCUGGAAGCGAUGUGAGUCCUGGGGCCAGGGACUAGGGAGUGAAAACAGCCAGCACAUCGGCCACAGCAUUAUCUUCAGUAACGAAGAUGAAGAAAUAGUCAAUAAUGAAGAGCAUGAAUAUACAUCCAAAAAAAGAAAAAAGGAUCAUUUUAGAAAUGAAACAAAUACUCAGUGUUUUUAUCGUGAAAAAUGGAUCUACGUCCAUAAAGAAAGCACAAGAGAACGACACGGCUACUGCACUCUGGGAGAAGCUUUUAAUCGCUUAGAUUUCUCGAGCGCAAUUCAAGACAUCCGAAGGUUCAAUUAUGUGGUCAAAUUGCUGCAGCUAAUCGCAAAAUCCCAGCUGACGUCACUGAGUGGCGUGGCUCAGAAGAAUUACUUCAACAUCUUGGAUAAGAUUGUUCAGAAGGUUCUAGAUGAUCACCAAAACCCUCGCCUGAUCAAAGACCUCCUCCAGGACCUGAGCUCCACAUUGUGCAUCCUCAUCCGGGGGGUAGGCAAGUCUGUGCUGGUGGGAAACAUCAACAUUUGGAUCUGCCGGCUGGAAACCAUCCUCUCUUGGCAGCAGCAGCUGCAGAACCUCCAGAUGACCAAGCAGGUGAACACUGGCCUGACCCUCAGCGACCUGCCCCUGCACACGCUCAACAACAUCUUGUACCGGUUUUCCGACGGGUGGGACAUUAUCACCUUGGGCCAGGUGACGCCCACGCUCUCCGAGCUCAGCGAGGACCGGCGGCUGUGGAAGCAGCUGUGUCAGUACCACUUUGCGGAGAAGCAGUUUUGCAGACACCUGAUCCUUUCAGAAACCGGCCACAUCGAGUGGAAGCUCAUGUACUUUGCCCUUCAGAAGUGCUACCCGACCCGGGAGCAGUACGGAGACACCUUGCACUUCUGCAAGCACUGCAGCAUUCUCUUCUGGAAGGACUGCCGCCUUGCUUUGUUGUUGAAGGACUCGGGGCACCCCUGCACAGCUGCAGACCCUGACAGCUGCCUCACACCUGUGUCUCCUCAGCAUUUCAUUGAUCUCUUCAAGUUCUGAGGCGCCUCCCCCACCUCCUGAACAGUGGCUGCUGACUGGUGGGCAUGCGGCAGCCUAGGUCUCCUGGAUGGAACCCCACGAGCAGGACCCUGUUCCCCUGCACCAGGGUGGGAAGCUGUUGGUCCUCGCCCAAAAGGGGGGACUUCAGCAGACCCCUUCCAGUCCAGCGCAGGGAGCUUCAAGCCUCAGGCUCUGCCCAGCUGACACGAAUGUUUAGGGACCAACUCAGUGCCCAGUGGGGGUUUCGGGGUCGAGGGCAAAUGACCGAUCCUCGUAAGAUUAUUGUGAAGACUAUUUAUUUUUCUUAAGAUGUAUUUGAGCUGCGCUGCUUGUGUCCAGUGGAGGCAGGGGCAUGUGCAUGGCUGUGCUGGUGUUUCAUGGCUGGGCUGUUAAGGCAGCUGACUCGGAUGGACAGUGGAGCGGCACCAGCACUCAGACACUGAGGACAGGAAUCCUGCCCUCUGGCCAUCUGGGUGGCCGCAGGCCUACUGUGGACCACGGGACCAAAGCCCCCAAGUACAUUGGGAUGCCCACUGGAGCCUGAACUUUAUAGUAAUAAAAAUGUUUGUCUACUGA